UCUUUAUUUUUUACGCUCAGUCGUCUUAGGUCUUGUCUAAAGUAAUUUAUUUAACUUCACCGAUUCGUUUUACUCAUGUCGUGAAGUUUGAUCGUUUAAAUGUACUGGCUGUGAUUAAGCUCUACACAAUAGAGAUUUAAGGCAGAAAGGAACCCUGCUGCGAGAAUCAAGAUGAUGUGCGAGGUGAUGCCCACCAUCAGUGAGGCGGAGGUUGGCACUAACGGAGGAGCUCUGGGCUCCGGCUCACCUGUGCCGACAGACUCUGAGGGUCACUUUGAGUCUUUGAUGGUGUCUAUGUUAGAAGAGCGAGAUAGACUGCUGGAUACGCUGAGAGAGACACAGGAAAACCUGUGCCUGACGCAGAGUAAACUGCAUGAGGUCAGUCAUGAGAGAGACUCCCUGCAGAGACAGCUCAACAGUGCACUGCCACAGGAAUUUGCUGCCCUGACAAAAGAAGUAAACAUGUGUCGUGAGCAGCUGCUAGAGAGAGAGGAGGAGAUUGCAGAGUUGAAAGCCGAGAGGAACAACACACGCUUGUUAUUGGAGCAUUUGGAAUGUCUGGUGUCUCGUCACGAGCGUUCGUUGAGAAUGACCGUAGUGAAACGUCAAGCACAGUCUCCUGCAGGUGUCUCAAGUGAAGUAGAAGUUCUCAAAGCGCUCAAAUCUCUGUUUGAGCACCACAAAGCCUUGGAUGAGAAGGUAAGAGAGCGAUUACGUGUGGCUCUGGAGAGAUGCAGUGCGCUUGAGGAGCAACUGACCAUAUCUCAUAAAGAGCUGGCGUUUCUUAAGGAUCAGAGGAAGGUAAUAAUUGAUGGUACAUCAGAAGUGAACCACUGUUCUGACAGCCCACCAGACACUAACGGCAAGCAGCGGAUAUCAGAUGCUUCUCUUGGACAAGAAGAUUGUAUAAGAGACAGUGAGCUGAAGGAGUUAAUGGACAGACAGAGCAAAGAGCUAACGCUUAUGAAGGAGCGUGUGGUAUCUUUAAGCAGCCGCGUUGCAGAGCUAGAAGAGGAUCUAGAUACAGCCCGUAAAGACCUCAUUAAAUCAGAGGACGUCAACACCCGACUUCAGAGAGACAUACGAGAGUCUAUUGCUCAGAAAGACGACAUGGAGGAGAGAAUCACAACGUUAGAGAAACGAUACCUUGCCGCUCAAAGAGAAGCCACGUCCGUUCACGACCUCAACGACAAGCUGGAGCAUGAGAUGGCUAACAAAGAUUCCCUGUUCUGCCAGAUGGAGGAGAAGAACAGGCUUCUGCAGGAGCGUUUGGAGUUAGCUGAACAGAAGCUACAGCAGACAAUGCGCAAGGCCGAGACGUUGCCAGAGGUGGAGGCUGAGUUAGCACAGAGGGUGGUGGCCCUCACAAAGGCAGAAGAACGUCACGGGAAUGUGGAGGAACGUCUCCGACAAAUGGAGGCUCAGCUGGAAGAGAAGAACCAGGAACUGCUCAGGGCCCGUCAGCGUGAAAAGAUGAACGAAGAGCACAAUAAACGUCUCUCUGAGACUGUGGACAAGCUGCUGUCUGAAUCCAAUGAGAGACUGCAGCUGCACCUGAAGGAGCGCAUGUCUGCGCUAGAAGAUAAGAAUGCUCUGAUCCGUGAUCUGGAACACACAAAGAAACUGAUUGAAGAGGCUCAUCAGGAGAAGGAGGAGCUGCUCAUUCAGAUAGAGACCAUAAGGGCUGAGAAUGAGAGGGGCCGCAGCAGGAGCAACUCCAUAUUGCAUCAUGGACGUUCUCAUGCGAGCGGCACACCAGAUUUCAGGUACCCAGUGUCCGUGUCAUCUGUGAUGGACAGUCACUACAGUGGGGGCGCGCUGGUCCUCAGACGUCCCCAAAAAGGCAGAGUGUCUGCGCUUAGAGACGAACCCUCCAAGGUGCAGACCCUGGAUGAGCAGGAAUGGGAUCGUCUGCAGCAGGCCAAUGUUCUGGCUAAUGUGGCUCAUGCGUUUGAAAGUGAUAUGGACGUGUCUGACCUAGAGGACGACAGCGACACCGUCUUCAGCUCCAUGGACCUGUUGUCUCCUGCUGGACAGGCAGAUGCUCAAACCCUCGCCCUGAUGCUCCAGGACCAGCUGGAUGCCAUUAACAAUGAGAUACGAAUGAUACAGGAGGAGAAGGAGAACACCACGCUGAGAGCUGAAGAGAUAGAGAGUCGCGUGGGCAGCGGUGACGAUCUGGGUGGACGUUUCCGCUCCAUGAGCUCCCUCCAGCAGUCUUUCCAUAGCUCUGGCCACAUCGAGUCCUCACCCCCAGGCUCCGGUCACUCCACACCUCGCCGGCCUUCUUGCAGCCCAAGCAGAGAGGUGGACCGCAUGGGAGUCAUGACCCUGCCUUGCGAUUUGCGGAAACAUCGUAGGAAGUGUGCACAAGAUGAUAAAGCCACUAUCAGAUGUGAGACAUCUCCUCCAUCUACGCCAUCAUCCAUGAGACUCGACAGAGGAGCACUUCACGCCUCCAGUCAUGAGGACAUCAGAGGUGCUGGGGUUCAGGAUGGUCAGUCCAGUAAUCCCAGCAGCAGCAACAGCAGCCAGGAUUCACUCAACAAAGCUGCAAAGAAGAAAAGCAUCAAGUCCUCUAUUGGACGAUUGUUUGCGAAGAAAGAGAAGGGCCGGCCCAGUCCUAUGGGUAAGGACAAAUCCAGCCCAGUGAUGGCAGGUGGUUCAUCUGAUGGAGGCAGUUCCCAGGAUCCUAUAACACUCGCCAAACCCGGUGGACCGACAGAGAAGAACAGAAAACUGCAGAAAAACCCACAAUCAGGACACGAGUUGCUAGAGGAGGCCUGUAGGCAGGGUCUGCCCUUUGCCCAGUGGGAUGGACCAACUGUUGUUGUAUGGCUUGAGCUGUGGGUGGGUAUGCCCGCAUGGUAUGUGGCAGCCUGCCGUGCCAAUGUGAAAAGUGGUGCUAUCAUGUCUGCCCUGUCUGACACAGAGAUUCAACGAGAGAUAGGCAUCAGCAACCCUCUUCACCGCCUGAAACUACGUCUUGCUAUUCAGGAGAUCAUGUCACUCACCAGUCCUUCAGCUCCACCUACCUCUAGAACGUCUUCAGGAAAUAUAUGGGUCACACAUGAAGAGAUGGAGAGUUUGGCAGCCACGCCACCCACGGAGGAUGAGGAGGGCAGCUGGGCCCAGACUCUAGCCUAUGGUGACAUGAACCACGAGUGGAUCGGUAAUGACUGGCUGCCGAGUCUCGGGUUGCCUCAGUACCGCAGUUACUUCAUGGAGUCACUGGUAGAUGCCCGUAUGCUGGAUCAUCUGACCAAGAAAGACCUCCGUGGUCAGCUUAAAAUGGUAGACAGUUUACACAGGAACAGCUUUCAGUGUGGUGUCAUGUGCUUAAGAAGACUGAACUACGACAGGAAGGAACUUGAAUAUAGGCGUGAUGAGUCACAGAUUGAAGUCAAAGAUGUGCUGGUGUGGACGAAUGAGCGUGUUAUUAGUUGGGUGCAGUCUAUUGGACUGAAGGAGUAUGCUGGCAACCUUCAGGAGAGUGGUGUCCAUGGAGCACUUUUUGCCUUAGAUGAAUCCUUUGACCAUAAUGCCUUGGCUCUGCUUCUGCAGAUCCCUACACAGUGCACACAGGCAAGGACAUUACUGGAGCGAGAGUACAGUAACCUGCUGGCUGCAGGGACUGAAAGGAGACUGGAAGAGGAUGAUGACAAGAACUUCCGGCGCGCACCUUCUUGGAGAAAGAAAUUCCGUCCCAAAGAUGUGCGAGGAAUGAGUGUGGGCUCUGCUGACACGUUACCUGCAAGCUUUAGGGUGACCAGCGCUGGACCUUCAUCUGCUGGCCUGCUGUCAAAGAAGCCACAGCUUGAUGGGGGGAGUGUGAGUGGAGUUCAGCGUUUGGACUCUGCCACAGUCAGAACUUACUCCUGUUAAUCCUGUCUGGGAGUGUAUGCAUUACCUCUAUAGGUGAUGGCUUACAAAAGGACAAGCUCCCGUCAAGCUGGAACUUUCAUGGACAUCAAUUUGGGAUUUUCCGUCUCGCAGAAGAUCCGUAAUGCCAUCAGCACAAAAAUCUUUAAACCCAAGAGUAUAUAUUUUAGAUUGAAGUAUUCUAUUUAUGUAAGCCACAGGGACAUUUCAAUAUUUUUACAAUUUCCAGCAUCAAUGUCAGCUUUUGUCCUCAUUUGUUAAUCCUGUUGAACUCUUUUAGAAAUAUUUUAAUGUAUUACAUGUCCAAGGUUUGUAUAUUUGCAUCUAACUUACUUAUUUUUUUCCAUUCAAAAAGUACUUGCUUUACCUUUCUUUUGUUGUUUUCCCACGCAUGACUGAGUCAUUCAUUGUUAUUGUGUGAAUGUCAAAGUUGGUACAUGUUUUAGAAGUUGUUUCAGUUCUUUCACCUGUAAGAGCAUUUUUGUAUUCUUACCUGUGAUACCAAAACCAAACCCUUGGAUAAGCCAUAACAAUUAUGAGGGCUAUUUUGAUGACAUCUUUCUAAAAACGUGAUGUCUACAUUGUCAGGUUAUCCUGGUACUGACUGAAAAUCAUUAAGCAUUCCUUAGUGCCACAGUAAAGGUCGGUGUAUGUAGAGAAUAUUUGGACCAAUCCUCCUGUGGCCUCAGCUUAAACUUUUUCCCAAAAUCUUCCGCUACAUAAUACUGUAAUGAAAGCUUAUAUUUCGUUUUCUUUUUUGCUUUUGUUUUUAAUUACCUUUUUGAUGUUGUAUGUAUCCAGCCUACGUGUAGUUAUUGUCAUAUUUAAAUAUAAAAAGCGUAGACUUGAAUCAUAUCCCAGUUUUUAAUUGUUUGUAAUUCAUCAUUCUUUAGUCACUUUUAUUUAAAUAAAUCCUUUGGUCCUGUAAUAGAAAUAAUGUACAGUCUAAGUACUUAUGAACUAUUUUUAUCACAGUAUUAUUUAUUGCUUUCAUUUCAAUAAAAUACUGAACAUCUUUUCCACUGCCAAUAAAAUAAUUAAGUCUUCAUAAA